AUUCUUGCAGGAUGCAACAAAGAAGCAAUCGCGGUUGCCAAAGCUGCAGAAUUGCAGUUUAUUAGGGCCGAAGGAUUUGUUUUCUCCCACGUGGGUGAUGAAGGUUUUAUGGAUUCAAAAGCUGGAACUUUAUUAAGAUAUAGAAAACAAAUCGAUGCAGAUAAUAUCCUCGUUUUCGUUGAUGUAAAAAAAAAACACAGUUCACACGCAAUCACUUCCGAUGUAAGUUUGUUGGAAACAGUAAAAGCUGCCGAAUUUUUUUUAGCGGAUGGUAUUAUAAUAACCGGUAACGCAACUGGCAAAGAAACAAACGUAAAAGAUCUUUUAGAAAUACAGGAAUAUAUCACAACGAAACUACCGGUGCUGAUCGGCUCAGGCGUGACGUUGGACAACGUGGACAAUUACGUAGAAGCGGCGGAUGCACUAAUCGUGGGAUCACACUUGAAGAUGGCCGGUCAGUGGGAGAACGCGCUUGAUCCAGUGAGAGUUCGAGCUUUCGUCCGACAUCUAAAAAACCGACGAUUGUAACAAUUUAACAGCCAACGAAGAACUGAAGGAGAUAAUCACUCAGCCACCUAGAAGGAACGGCAGCUGUUCGAUCAGCUGAGCGAACUCCCACUCCUACCCAACAAUCGCAGAUUGAGAUACAUUUGAACUAUUGGAGAAGCGCAGUAGUACAUGACCUAUCAUGGCUAUCACACGUGCUUUGUCUAGCAGUAGCGUACAUACUUUUACAAAAUAGUAUCAAUAGAUCCAUCAUAGAAAAGAUUAAAGGGAAUAUAUAGAUCUCUAUCGAUCAACUAAUAUAAUUUAUAAACAAUAAUAAUAAAAUAUAUUAAUAUACUGUUUUGCGUCUGCAAUCGAUUUAUCACAUGAAUAAUAUAAUGAGUAAUAUAGUAAUAAUGUUUAUUGCAAAGAUAAAAAUGCAAAGAU